AUGUCAGAAAAGAAAGAUGAUCAGAUACAGGACUUCACAGGUUGUUACUGCGGUGAGAAGCGUAAAUUGGGUACCCCAGAGUUUCAGUGUUCAUCUUGUGGAACCUGGUUUCAUGGAACCUGCGUGAAUAUUCAGACAGGAAAAUGUCUCCCAUUCAUGAUCAGCUACCAGUUUCUGUGUAAAAAAUGUAGUGGCAUAGGACAUGAAACCUUUCAGAAAAAGCAAGCUACAUUUAUCCAGAUGUGCCAGAUGACACUGGCCAACCUGGUUCACAGUAGCAGGACAGAUGGGAAUCCUAAAUCGUUGUUUUCCAAGGACAAGGAUAUUAUCCCGUACAUCGACAAGAAUUGGGAGCUCCUAACCACAAUGCAGCGCAGGGUCAAGUCAACCUGGCAUACGACUAUCUGCAGGACUAUGAUGAAGGAGACUGAUGUAUUCACGUACAAAGAAGAGUCAUCAGGAGAUGCAUAUUUUGGUCUUGUUAAUCAGGAUUUAUCCAAACUCGGCCCACAGUCUGAUGCAGCAAGAAACACAACCCAGCCUACCCAGGGUCUCAAGGUUCCAACCGCACCGUCAGAAACUGGACCAGGAAAACGUACCAGCAAACGAAAAGCUCCACUGGACAGCCAACAAGCAUCAAAUCUCAAACAGAAGAGAAAUGACAGCUCUUCCUCUCUCAAGCUUCCUGCUCAUGGCUACCCCAUGGAACACCCCUACAACAAAGAUGGCUACCGGUACAUCCUGGCUGAGACGGACCCCCAUGCUCCAAACAGGCAGGCAUUUGAUGAGAGCGUCGAAUGGGCCGGCAAGCCGAUUCCUGGCUACCUCUACAGGUGCAUGCUGGGCGGUGAGGUCUUGCUAGCUUUACAUGAUAGAGCUCCACAAUUAAAGGUUUCCGAUGACCGUCUGACUGUUACAGGCGACAAAGGCUACAGCAUGAUCCGAGCGUCUCAUGGAGUCAGCCAUGGAGACUGGUAUUUUGAGGUGCACAUUGAUGAUAUGCCAAAUGAUAGUGCGUCACGCAUAGGCUGGUCUCUAUCACUGGGAAAUCUUCAAGCUCCUUGUGGCUAUGACAAAUUCAGCUACUCUUGGCGGUCUCGGAAGGGCACAGCUUUCCACCAGUCCCGCGGGCACCACUACCACAAUGGUGGAUACAAGGAAGGCGAUUUUCUGGGCUUUUACAUUAGUCUUCCGAAGCCUGCCGAUCGCAGUCUGCUGCUUCCUCAAACUUACAAGGAUCGG